AUGGAUAGAUGGCUUCUUAGAAACGAUCCUAAACAGAACAAAAUUUUGAUGGUGGAGGAGGCUUCGGAGGGUGAUGAAUUGAUGGCUGAUCUGGCUGUGAAAAGUUCUAGUGAAAACGUCGACCCCAAAGAACAAGAAAACGUCGACCCUAAAGAACAAGUUGAAGACAUCAACCUUACCCCAGACAGGACUCAGCUCAAGUUCAAGUCAGAAUCAGGCAAAAAGAGGAAGCGGCUGAAUAAGUUUUGUGAUUACUGGGUGAAAGACAAAGAAUUUCAGAGUUGGUUGAGUAAAUCAGUCACUGUAGACAAUGGACAUAGUUCCUCUGAAAAACAUGUUAAAAAGUUUCAACAAGUUAAUUCUAACCAAAAAAUUAACGAUGUGAUGGCCACAACACCAGAAAAUAAUUUAAUACGAAGGGCAGAAUUAAAGUUAUGUGGACUACUCGCUAGCAAUAAUUUACCAUUUGCAUUGAUGAAUACUUUAACACCAUUGUGUGCAACCAUUUUUCCUGAUUCGAAAAUUGCCAUGAAAAUGUGUAAUAAAAGGACAAAAGCUACUCAUCUUGUUAAAGAAAGUUUGGGAGCUAUAUUUUGCAAGAAUCUGGUUGAGAUUUUAAGGGAACCUGGAUGUUUCUUUUCUUUAGUCAUGGAUGAGACAACCGAUGUAAGUGCAAAAAAACAAUGUGCAAUUGCUGUUAUAUAUUAUUCAAAAUCAAAUGAUGUUAAAAUAAAUUUCUUUGACAUGGUUGAAACUGCAUCUGGAAAAGCAGAAGAUUUGUUUAACUGCUUGAAAAAUAGUAUUUUGCAACGUAAUAUUCCCAUGUCUAUUCUUAUAGGUUUUUCUUCUGACACUACAAAUGUAAUGGUGGGCGAACAUAAUUCGGUUUUUUCAAAUUUAAAAUCCGAAUUACCGAAUAUUUUAUGUGUGAAAUGCUCAUGUCAUAUGAUACAUUUAGUAGCUUCAAAGGCUUGCUUAAAAUUACCCAGAAACAUAACACUUGAGCAAGCAGUCGACAAGUGCAAAGCUAAAGAAUUAUCUAAGCAGCAAUUGGAUAAUAUUACUGAAAAAGACAACGAAGUCAAGAAAAUAUACAAAAAAACAUAUGAAACAAAUGAAAAGAAAUAUAAUAAUAGGUAUGAAAAUAAGAAGCAAGCAAGCAAUACAAAGCAAGAAGAAAAUGGUAACUGCAAGUACUGUGGUUGGAAGCACGAACCAAUGAAAUGUCCAGCAAAAGGUCAAACAUGCAAAAUCUGUAAGAAGAAAGACCAUUAUGCAAAGGACGCGGCGAAAGAUUUUAACGAAAACGAAAGCGGAAAUAUUAUACAAGAAAAAGAAGUUACUGUUCAAAGACCCAUAAUAGAAAAGGAAACCGCCAACUUUACAAGACCUAUAAGAGAAAGAAAGCUACCAUCAAAGUUUAAAGACUAUAACCUUGAGUAG